AUGAUUGAAUCGGUUAGGUAUGAGCACCGUCUCAUUGAUGAUAUGGUGGCGUACGCUUUGAAGAGCGAGGGAGGGUAUGUGUGGGCAUGCAAAAACUAUGAUGGUGAUGUCCAAAGCGAUUUCCUGGCACAAGGGUUCGGGUCUCUUGGGCUGAUGACAUCUGUUCUGGUCUGCCCGGAGGGGAAGACAAUUGAAGCUGAAGCAGCUCAUGGAACCGUUACCCGUCACUACAGGGUUCACCUGAAAGGUGGCGAGACCAGCACAAACAGCAUAGCCUCCAUCUUUGCUUGGACUCGUGGACUUGCACACUGGGCUAAGUUAGAUGACAACUCAAAGCUCUUGGAGUUUACUGAGAAGCUUGAAGCUGCUUGUGUCGGUACAGUGGAAUCUGGAAAAAUGACCAAAGAUCUUGCUCUCAUCAUUCACGGCUCAAAGCUAUCGAGGGACACUUACCUGAACACGGAGGAGUUCAUCGAUGCAGUUGCUGAUGAGCUCAAAACAAGACUCGGCGUCAAAGCUUAA